AACUAAUCCGCUCAGAAGUACAUCAGGGCAGCAUGAUUGUGUGUGUGUGUCUGUUUGUGUGUUCACAGUGUCCACUCAAAAGAGAGGACAGAGACACUCGGCUGUGUUUGCCACGUGAGCUGACUGUCAGGUGUGUGUUUGUAUGUGUGUCAUGGACUGACUUGGGGAAUAAUGGUUUUAAAAUGAUGACAUAAAAAACACGAAAUGCUAUAAAGUCUGUAAAAGUGCAUUAACACAGACUACACUACAUGUUCAUGUCAACAAAAGACUGAGAUUACAUGUGACAGGAGAGUACGUUCAAUAAAAACUCAUCAAUAACAACGUAUCAAAUAUUCUAUAUUUUUAGCUCAUUUCACCCUCGGACACACAGAUGUUUUUGACUUAUCUGUGUCGUUUAACCAUCAAUGUCUUCUUUAAACUAAGUUUGGCGCCCCCUGUGGACAAAGCAAGCUUGUAAUUUGUCAAAAAAAUCUCAUCCUGCUGAUUUUUUUGACAGUCAAAUAUAUCAUUUAUUGUUUUAGAAAUUGUAAAAACAGAAACUCAUCCCCCCUCGCAUGAUUCAGGUGUUACAAAUUACAACAUAAAAAUCUUCUGUCUUGUGUCUGAUGGUCAUGUUUGCUUUUGGAUGUCAAAAAUUUAAUUUUAUUUCUUAAACAUAAAAAAAAUCCUCAUAUGUGUGUCUCUGUUGAUACAUAAGAAAUGUUAUUUUUAGACCAGAUGUAAAGCUUUGAGUAAAAACUGUGCCUGAAGUUAGUGUUAUUACAGUUUGUGCUGUUUGUUCAAAUAAAACCUUCAUUAAAGAUAAAUGUCAAACACACUCACAUUGUGGCAUCUUUGGUUUAUUACAGUCAAAAGAAGUAAAUUUCCCCACAUGUUUGCACGAUAUAACAUAUGAGCAGAAGGAGAUGACACACCCUGCAUGCUUUAAAAAAAUGAUCUGUUAGAAACAGUUUGGAUCCAAACUUUCAUCAGGUAAAGGUCUGUCUUUUCAGGGCUCCUAGAGCAUGAUUUUAAAUUACGUUGAAAGUAAAAUCCAAAAAUGAGGACCUGUCAUAACCUGUUAACAGUUUAUAGGUCAGGUAAUUAUGCACUGACGUCCUGAUUCCAACUUAAUGAUGUUUUUUGUCUCUCAUUCAGCCCUAUUUUGUUUCCAAACACAGGACACAUUAAAGGGAAAAAACAUGCUCUCUGACUAAAUGCAAAUAUGAUGACGUAAUUUCAUGUUUCCUGGUACAUAAAUACGAAACACGACUCUGUGAGGAGGUGAAGUCAUGCCAACAUGAAACAGCUCGUCAAAUGUGUUUGCACGUCACUGAAUUCUCCUCCUUAUGUCGUUUAUUGGGUCGAUCUUUCCCUUGCAGCGUAAAUGUUUCCUGUUUUUAGCUCAUUGAAGCCUGACCUUAAAGUCUUAAUUUUACCCAACAUGACCACAGAAUGAAAAAUUAAAUCAAUUUGUAAUUUACAUUUUUUGUUGAAGUUUUAAAAUUCAGUAGACCUGCUGGAUUUAUUUAGCAAUACCUAAACAACCAGGAUGAAGACUUUUUCAUGACACAAAUGAAAACUUACGAUGGUCCUCCUGUUAUUAAAAAAAAAAAAAAAGUAAACAAACCAAACAAGUAAAAACAAUAUGAUAGAAAUAUCAACUUAAACUUUGAUUGCUCAUGAUUUUUCUACAGCUAUUUCAUCCAAUGUUAAAACAAUUUAGCUUCAGUACAUGCAAGUGUUACCACUGUGGAAAUCAAUGAUGGAAUAAAGCAGACCACAAACAUGACAUGAAAAUAGCCCACAAUCCUGUUACAACUGAGAUUUUUGUUUUUGUCUUUUUCCAUGUGCUCUGACUAUAUGUCAAAGCACUUUGUAAACUUCUGUUUUUAAAAGUGCUGUACAAAUAAAGUUGUUGUUGUUAUUAUUAUCAUUAUCAUUAUUAUUAUUAUCAUCAUCAUCUUUGUUUUGGAGGACUUUAGACCUUAUUUCCACGUGUUGGCAUAUGUGUUGGAGAGAAAAAUUGUAAUUGUGACCUAGUGUUUAUGGAGACUUAGACAUUUUUCUGUUUUCACAGAGUUUAAUCACUUUUACCAAUCAUUUAUACCGGCGCUGCAGAUUUCCUGAAACUGUGUUACUCUUCCACACCAGCAGGGGGCGAUGUAGUAAUUCAGAGAUGAACCUCUGAGCUUGAAGCUAAGGAAGUAAGCAGCAUGGUGGAAGGACUUUCAGUGUUUUACUGCCUGUCAGCUUUAUAAAAAUGACAGCUUUUGCUUCUUUACUCUAUUAAUCAACUGGGAACAAACAGACAGAAGGUCCGUGUUGUGGUGAGUUUUGCUGAAAGCGUACGGACACCAAUAAUGUCGGUAUAUUUAACCACAGCUGUGAAGUGACUGUAAAUGUCAGUGUGUCGCUUAUUUAUGGAGCUGUCUAAGGUGAGACCACCUCGUCCUCACGUAUUCCUCUUUUACAUCACUGUGAGUGAACACUCAGCCUCUGAAAACGUAGGUUUAAGUUUCUUAUAAACAACAGAAUAAAAUGGAAAACGACACUGAAGUUGGAUACGUAUUCGUAGGCCGCUGCAGCUGAGGUCAAAGAAACCAAAACCAGUCUCCAUUUGAGAGGGUGUACAGACUUCUUUAAACAGUUUCAGAUUUGUGAAAACGCUUUAACUUUAGAAUCCUUCUGGAAAAAAAGCCAAUGAAUACUGACAUUUUAGUGACACUGUUUAUGAUUUCAUACCCUGUUAUAAUUCAAGCUCCAUUUUAUGAUAACAGCUAGAUACAAAUUUUAUUAUAAAAUACUUUAUUUUCUUUACCGACCAUCUUAUUUUAGCUUAAACACAUAAGUUAUCAAUAAGUUCAUUUCAAUUUCAAUAAACCAGAUAGGCCACAAAAACUGAAUUUCUUUGUCAGCUUGUUGAGUGUUUCACCCUGACUGCGUUUGUCUAGUUCAGCGGGUCUGAAGCCCCCAUGGAGCCCAUAAUGAAUCAGAUCUGGCCUCGAGUCUUCCAGCGUAUCCACAGAGCUUCAGUCCUGUCCAGGAGGAACCAUUCAGGAUGUGCUGCUGAACACGCCACCGUCCCUGCCUCCACAAGCUCCAGACCCAUCAGACCCACUCUCCUGGUGUCUCGUCUCUACCAGCCUGCAAACCUGCGCGAUGUGGGUCCGGACAACCGGCUGCAAGGAGAGGUGACAUGUAAGAGUCAGAGGCUGAUGCAGCAGGCUGGGCUCAUCCAUCCAUCCAACCCCGGGUGUUACUACUACCUUCCUGCCACUGUUCGCUCCAUGGAGAAGCUGGUGAGACCUUUUUAUGUGGAAAAAACACAGAGUGAGCUAUUUGAAUCCACAGAUUAAAUCACCUUUACAAUAGAUGCUGUUUAUUUCAAUAAUUUUACCUUUUCAAAUCAUUUUUUUAUUCCUGAUUCAUUUUGUUUCAUUUUCAAAGGUAAGCACUAUGAUUGGUCAUCCAUUCUGAUCAUUUAGCUUCUAUCUGAAACCAACAGGGGAGAAUAAUCGAUCAGGAGAUGCAGGGGAUUGGUGGGCAGAAACUGGAUAUGCCCAGUUUGUGCUCAGCUGAUCUCUGGAAAACCAGUGAUCGCUGGAAUUUGAUGGGAAAGGAGCUCCUCCGUCUGAAAGAUCGCCACGGGGCAGACUACUGCCUGGCACCUACACAUGAGGAGGCGGUGACGACUCUGGUCUCUCACCAGACGACUCUCUCCUACAGACAGCUCCCUCUGCUUCUCUAUCAGGUAGCCUUUUCUCUGUGGACGCCGUGUGUUUUCUGUAAGACUCUGCUUUAUUUUUACAUUUUCUUUUCUUUUCUGAAACACAGAUCACACGGAAAUUCAGGGAUGAACCAAAACCAAAGUUUGGUCUUCUUCGAGGGCGGGAGUUCUACAUGAAGGACAUGUACUCAUUUGACGUGAGUGAAGAAGCAGCUUAUGAGACCUAUGAGUCUGUGUGCGAGGCGUACACCAGGCUGUUCACCCGGCUGGGCCUGCGCUGCGUUCAGGUGCAGGCAGAUACAGGCAAUAUUGGGGGUAAACUCUCCCAUGAGUUCCAGCUCCCAGCAGAGAUCGGAGAGGACAGACUGCUCAUCUGUGGGAGCUGCUCCUUCUCUGCUAACAUAGAGACCCUGUCAUCAGACCAAACUGAGUGCCCACAGUGUAAAUCUGGCACCCUGACAGAGUCGAAGGGUAUAGAGGUCGGCCACACCUUCUACUUGGGUAAAAAGUACUCUCAUAUUUUCAAUGCAGCCUUCAGUAAUGCACAGAAUAAGCCGUGCAUUGCUGAAAUGGGCUGCUAUGGUCUUGGGGUAACGCGCAUUCUUGCUGCAGCCAUCGAGGUGUUGUCAACGGAGGACAGCAUCCGCUGGCCCGGCCUUCUCGCCCCUUACCAGGUCUGUGUUUUACCCCCAAAGAAGGGCAGUAAAGUGGAUGAGGCAGGAGCUCUAGCAGAGGAACUGGUCCACACUUUGGGAGAGACUCUGCCUCGUUUAAGAGGUGAAGUAGUCCUCGAUAAUCGCACACAGAUGACCAUUGGAAAGAGGCUGAAGGAUGCCAGCAGACUCGGUUACCCGUAUGUUAUUGUGGUGGGACAGGGAGCUGUGGAGGAAACACCCAAGUAUGAGGUGAUCUGUCAGCAGACAGGCGAGACGAUGUUUCUCAGCAAAGAUGGACUGUGGGACCUUAUGGGACGAGUGGAAACUGUGUGAAUAACAAACAUGAAUGCUGAGAUAAACACUUGUUAGUGUGUGGGGGCUUUAAAAUAAAUAAACAUGUGAUGGAUGCAGUUUAUUGGUGGAGGGAAGAGAUGAUUGAGGCCUGAUGUUUCAUUAGUUUUCUGUUUGUGCCCUCUGGUGGACAGGAGGUGUUACUGUUUUAAAGCAAACAACAUACUAAUGUCUGAGAAACACAGAAGAAGCCUGAUAAUGAGACGAAACAAACAGAAUACUCUGGUGUGUCCGCAAGGCUCAAAGGAUAAGAAGACUGAUUGGGACUCCUGUGGUCACGGGUUCGAGCCUUAUCCAGGUCAAGGUGAAUUUUAAAGUCCAGGAGCCAAAAUACCAAGAUAAAAGCGCGCAGAGCUCAUCCCAAAGUGUGGAUGGUAUCCGGUGGCGCAAAAUUCAACUAGACUAGAUCUGAUUAAAAUAAAGAGACACAGAGUCACGUUGUGUCUUUGUGUUUUUUUAUUUAUAAACUUGUGGCUUCCCUCAAUCAAACAGCCUUUUCUCACCCUCUAGGAGCUCAAGAGGAUUUAUUUAACAUUAAUAAACAUAAGCACGGAGUCUUGGCUUCUUAAGCUCAUGCUGAAACCUUCAAUGUGAGACUAUUGAGGCUGCUGAGAGGUUUCUGUGAGUAACCGUGUCAGAUCAUUUUCUCUACAGUUAAACUAAAGAAGCCUAAAAACCAGCUAAACUCUCAGCUGUUAAAUCUCAGCAUUGAAACAUGAAACUACAGCUGAGAUACAAAGAAAAUCCUCUUACUUUAGAGCUUCAGCUCAGGGACGAUGACCACUCUGUCCCUCUUCUUCCAAAGUAACAUCCAUCGUGUCCACAGAUCUGCAAGAGACAAAAAUACAACUUUGAACAACUUUAAACAGACAGACAGAGCUCUCUUUUCUUUUCUUUUGUUUUAUUGUAUUAAAGUUAUAUAUUCCACCAAACUCUCAGGUCAGCAGUCCAGUAAUAAUGAAUAUCUAUGAAAAAUUCUGGGUUCAACAAACUGUGUAUAUUUGUAAACAAGAGCUUUUUUCCCCACAGACUACACUCAGGUGUUUUCCAUUGAGUUGACAAAAAGUUUAAAAAGGCAAAUUCAGAAUAUUCUCUGUAGCAGAGUUCAUAUAUAAGCACAUGAACUCUGUACAUAAGGACAGUUUUUUCCCUUAACACAAAAGAAACUUCUAUGUGAUACCAGCGUUAACUCCUGAAAAGUCACAAAGGGGUUCAUGAGAUCAUAAACAUCUUCAUUCUGGUUAUUAAAUCCGUCUUUACAACAAA